UAUCUGUGCCCUAUAGGAUACAUACAAACUGCUGGUCGUGCAUGCAUAUAUAAUUAUUGUUGUUGUUUUUAUUAUUAUACUAUGAUCCGAAAUUUUCGUCCGGAGUACCGCAGUAGUGUUUUGGACAACGUUGCCACCGCUGCCGCCUCCAACACCGGUAGUGCACGUCCACCUUUUGUAAGCAAAGUCCGUUGGCCGCCGGUAUCAAAAGUCCUCUAAUAUAUUUUAUAAUAUCGUUGUCGGUUGACUUUUAAAAAAAUCGAUAAACAAUAAUAAUAUUAUGCGCUUUCGGACUGGUUCUGCCGGAAACCGACAUCGGCUGUGUUCUUAAUUUUAUUGAACUCCAUCGAAAAACUUACAUCCGUCCGGUACAGACAAGCGGCGGCCAGAAACAUGUAUAAUAUUACCCUACAACUAUUCGGGCAAUAGUCAACAUCGAAUUGGCUACAUAUUUUCAAAACAGUGUGUAAUUACCGCUCAUGCACAACUAACUAUGCACAACAUGUACAACAACAACGUGUACGGCAAGCUCGAGAUGAACGAGUACAAGUAUUCCAAGACGGCGGCCAUGCUCGACAAACUCGUUCACGUGAUAAGGAUAUUCGGCGUGUUCACGGCCAUAGUUAUGUUUGGCGUGGGCGUUGACAUUGCGAUCCACCAAUACGUUUUUGGGUUUUAUAUAAUAUCAUUGUCAAUGUUGGUGUUUUUUCUGGAAAUCACGUGGGCCAUCACUUUAUUCCUCAACGUUUGUUUAAAGGACGAAUUUAAUCCAAUUUUCGCGUGUUGGGAAAUAGUGCUGUGGCUGCGGCUAUGGAAAAAGUCUUUGUUGUAUACUCUGUUCUCGGUGAUAUUCUUUUUAUGGCCACAUGGUUUAUGGCUGUCUAACGUUGCGGGUGGUUUACUACUGUGGUUGUCAUUCCUGUAUUUAAUCAUCACUUUUAAGGAUAGUGUACAUAGGCGAUCGGACUUUAUGUUUGUAUCCAGGGGAGAAACGUCCACGGCUUACGACCAGUAUGACGACAUAACCGAUUUGCUGGGCGACACUAUUCACGUGUCCCUAUCGGCCGACAAUCUUUCAGAGUUGGAUCAAGAUGGAAUUUUAGAAUUAUAAUAAUUUAUUUUUAAGGUUGUGUACAUAUUAUAUCUAUUAGUAAUAACCGUGUAAAUAUGAUUUAUUUUUGUUGUUAAACAUAUACUUAGAUUAGGUAAUAUUAUUAUUGUUUUAAUAAAAACUCAUUGAAUCAUUUCACCAAAAAUUAA